UAGAGAGAGAGAGAGAGAGACGGUGCGCAUACGUAGGUAAUGCGAAUUCGCUAUUGAUUUGACGAGAUCGUGGCGAGCCGCGAAACCGGGGGGGGUCAACCCCCCUCGGUAAGGAGUCGUCACAUGAGCGAGGCCCCGUGGCGCGCACAGAAAUGGAAGGAGCGGGAGAUGAUCACGAUGCAGAGAAGAGACUCGACCAGGUCAACGAGACGUGAAGAAAAGGAGAGCUCGUUUUCUUCGUCGCGGAAUUCCGGUCAGAAUGAUAUUAAGAAACUGCGCCGGGAGAACGAGCAGCUGCGUAGAGAAAUAUGGAGUCUCAGGGACGAGUACGACAAACUCGAGGAUAUCUUGAAAAAACGGAAGAACCGCGACGAAAGUGACGAGGAUCGUUCCGAGGAGGAUGACGGCUUGCAGUCGGACUUCUCUUGCGAGGAAGACGAGAAAGAGCACGAAAAUAAUGAGAAAAUGAUCAAGGACUUCAAUCAAGAAGAGCAGUUAGAAAACGCGGAGAAUCAGAAGAUUUCUUCCGAGAAGAUGAGCACUAGUAUGCAUCGACUUCACAUAGAGUUCGACGAUCUAUCGGUUGUUGAUGAGGAGGAGGAGCUGAAAAAAGAUAAGGAUAAGAAGGAGACGACACCGUCGGAGCAGGGCCAGGGAAACGAGGCUGCAGAACAUCCGCCUCCGCCGAUUCUCGGUCCUCGGCAGCUUCACGAUAACAUCCCGUUUUAUCCGGCCACGUAUGAGCCGACGAGCGGUUUUAGUGGAACCAGUUAUUACACCGAGUACCCGUUCGAGUUUCCAAGUACGGUGGAUUUAAUGCUGUCCAUGGAUACGUCCGCGCUAUUGGCUUCAUCAUAUUCAGGAUUACAAUCUGAUCCCUUGAUCUCGCUGGCCAAUUUAGACGCCGGGGGUCUAGAACAAGUCGAUCCGACGCUACCUCAAAUUCACCUUCCACCUGUCGGUUGGCAGAACGACAUGAUUUCUCAAAAACAAAUGCCGACCUAUAUGGAUACGAGCCACGCUCCUGUCAUGCCAAUAACGGAAAUGCAAGUGACAGAAAGGCCGGAUUCGCAAUCGAUAACAAUUUCCUCGUUGGGAGGCCUGCCAUUAAAUACUUUCAGUUUCGUAAGAAGAGAGGCAAGUACGAGGCAACCGACGAAGCUCGAUGAGAUAUCAAGUAUACAAGAUUCACAAACACAAUUUUCGAAUGCCGAAGAAGUCAGCAGGAAGUCAGCAGUGGAUUCUUCUAAAUCUAUCAUGGUGAACGGAGAAAAGGAUAUUCAAUAUUCACGAAGUGAGAAUCAAAAUGCCGAAGAGUCUACUGCGACGGGAAAGCCUAAACAAUUUUUCGCGUCGCUGCCUUUCAAAUUGAAGAAACAAGAGGAAGAGUCACCAACCGCCAGUGUAAAUUAUUUUGGAACCGGAACUAGUUCAAGUAGCGGUAAAACGGCUUCCACAGUGAUUUCGAGAACUAAUCCUUUUACGGGACUAAAAGGUUCGGCAGACAUUUAUGUAAACGGUGCGGUACCUUGCGAGGACCUUGCUUUAAGAGAUAAAAACGAUUCGAGGACUUUUUUGAGUACAGAUAACCUACUGAUCUCGGAUAGUAAAAGUGUUCCGGCUAAUCAAUUAAUGAAAUCGAUAUCGUGUCAAGAUCUCUCGAGCGAGUCUCAAAGUGUAGCGCAACAAUUGAAAUUGAAUCACGUUGAAUCUCAAACGCUCACGAAAAGUGACAAUACUCUGGACAAUAUAAGCGGUUUCUCUAAUAAACCCUACAAAAGUCACCUAAACGUGACGCUAAAAAUACCACGAGUCGAACAAGCGCCGAGUCCGGAAACGCCGGAGGUACCUAACUUACCCUCGAUAGAUUAUCGUCUCUUCAGGAAUCCCUUUCUAAGAAACUUCGACAAGAUUUAUCCCAAUUACCAAGAACCGAAUCCUCCACCCACUACGACGCCACUUUCUAUUCAGGUGAACGAUGACAAGCUUGCUUAUCCGUAUCCUGUACCAGCUUACAAUCGGGGUGUUCAUCUCAACGAGAAGGUUCGAACUGCACACUUGCCGGACCAGAGUCGAUUGCUAAUAGCGAGCGAUCAACUGAUGAGCAACAAGCAGGACAUUCAAGUGACUUCCUUCGAGAGACCGAGUCCUUGCACCUUGAUACCUUCUGCAACGCCUUAUGAGCUGGCGAGUUUGGGUAGAUUGAAUGCAAAUCGAUAUCUGCAGAGUCAGAAUCUACGCCAGAACGUUCCGUUCGUGCCGCGAGGACCCGGCCAAUUUUAUUCACAGAGAUGCGGAAUGAUGUACUAUGAUAAUGUCACGAAGGUACCAGCACAAACGCAAACGUCGAUCGAUGGCGAUUCGCAUCAUGAAGACGAGGAAACGGUCAGCGCACCAAAUUCGCCGAGCGGACAGAGACGGAAAAAAAUUAUGAAGAAAGACAAAACCUUAAUUAAGGAUCCAAAAUUAUUAUCACCGAUGACACAAAGAAAAUUGAAGAAACAAUGCAACGCCACAUCGACAGAUACGCUCGAUUCGCCCGAGAAAACGAUACGGAAGAGGUCGAGAAGGUUGAGUACGAUGUCACCUGACGCGCAAGAGAACAAGAAUGAAAGCAGGUCGUCAUCCUCAGGUCAGGACUCGCCGCGUAAGGAUCAAAAUCGAAGGUCUGUCUACAUUAAUUCUAGGCGAAGACCAUCUCAAGUGUCGCUAAAAACCUCGAGGAGUGGCAGCGUCGACAAGGACAAGUUUACGGAUGGUACCGCAUUGAAUUCGGAGCGCGAGAGGACAAACUCAGUCAGCAGUCGGGAGACUGCUAGCGUGAAAGCUCGUAAAACUAGUACCAGUAGUGGUAAUGUGCCAUGGUGCGCGUGUUGGGGGAAUGGUUGCAUUUAAUUACGGUUGUAUUCAAUCCAAUUCAGGAAUGUAAGUAACCUUUGUGAACCUUGGAAUCCAAUUUUUGAAAUUAACUUUUUGUACGGAAACAAAUGACAAUCUGCGAAAGUUACAAUAAAUCCGCUUGCAUAGUCUUUUUUUUAGAAUCGUUUGAACAAUUGAACUACAAACGAAACGGAAAACAACCGCAAACGAUUCUAAAAAAGAUUGCGCAAGCGGAUUUUCGCUAUCUUAAAAAAUGGCAAACUUCCCUCUUAGCCAUUUGUUUAAAUUGUUGGAAUUUUUGAACGAUUUGACUGCAAACGAAAUGAAAAGUGCUACAAACAACUACAAACGAUUUUAAAAACGACUGCUC